UGCAUAGUAUUCUAUCGUAUAGUGGGAACUAAUUAAAAGCGAGCGACAUCAUUGGUUGGAGAACACACGAUCAGCGUGAUUGACGCGUCUGUGGUUGCACGCCCACAAAUUAGACUACAUGGUCCGAGUUUGAAGUGUGAAAAGAGAUGAAGUUUUGACCAUGUUAAGUUACGAUGGCAUUAGUUUUGCUAGUAUUUGUACUGCUUCUUCCAAUGCUAUACCGGUGUCACCCAGCAGGAAUUCCAAAGGAUAUAAGAAGAGAAAUAACAAAAGAAAUAGUGUUUCCAAAGAGACUAAAUACUUAUGAUAAUCAUGAUAAUCAUAUUAAUAAAAGGAGUACUCGUAAUAAGCAAAAAAUUGUGUCUUAUUCCAUAUCAGCGUUUGGAAAUGAAUUUUUAUUAGACUUAACUUUUACAAAGGAUUUUAUACCUAAUAAGUAUGUUGUGCAAACUUUUGGUGACAACUAUACUCGGAUAGAGGACAAAAGCUCCGACCAGGAGCAGUGUUUCUAUCGUGGAAGUAUUCAGAAUGCUAGCCCCUCGUGGGCAGUAUUCGACUUAUGCAAUGGCCUGCUUGGUUCAUUUUAUGCACAUGGUGAACAUUUCAUUGUUGAACCAUUCACAGAAAGUGAUUCUUCUAAAGAAGAUACAAAUGCUCAUUACAUUUACAGACAUUCACAUCCAGUUAAGCCACAGUCAGACUGUGGUGUAAAAGAAGAUUAUAAGCAUACAAAGAGAAAGGAAGAAGAGAAUUCUAGUUUAAAUGACAAUAAUUUUAAUUCAUCUGUGAUGUUAGAAUCUAAUUCUUCAUAUUAUAAAAGUAACAAUAGUGCUCAUCAUAUUCAUAAACGUUCCACGUCAUAUAAACGUUAUGUCGAAGUUAUGAUUGCUGCAGACUAUCAUAUGCAACAGUAUCAUGGCAGCAAUUUACAGCGUUACAUAUUAACAUUAAUGGCAAUCGUAUCCAGUAUAUAUCAUGAUGAUUCUAUAGAAAAUUUCAUCAAUAUAGUUGUAGUAAAAAUUGUACAGUUUGAAUCUGAACAGAAUGGACCUAAAAUAUCAACAAAUGCACACAAAACAUUGGAAGAAUUUUGCAAGUGGCAGCAUAUACAGAAUGAAGAUAGUGAUGAUCAUCCAUAUCAUUAUGACACUGCAGUAUUACUUACUAGACAAGAUAUUUGUCGGGCGCCAAAAAAAUGUGAUACUUUAGGUUUAGCAGAAGUAGGGACCAUGUGUGACCCGCUAAAAAGUUGUUCCAUUAUAGAAGAUAAUGGAAUUAGUUCAGCUUAUACUAUUGCUCAUGAAUUAGGCCAUGUAUUUAAUUUACCUCAUGACGACCAACCUCGAUGUCUAAAAUUCAACAAAGGAGAUACUAGGAAUAACGUGAUGGCACCAACACUUGACCAUAACAUAAGUCCUUGGUCGUGGUCUCGAUGCAGUGCACUUCUACUUACAAAAUUUAUUGAUGCAGGUUUCACAGAGUGUUUGUUAGACAAGCCAACAGAAACAAAAUAUAUACAACCAAAACACCAUGGAGAACAAGUACAAAGAUAUUACGAUGUCAACAGACAAUGUCAACUGUCUUUUGGAAAAGAUUAUGCUAUCUGUCCAUUCAUGGCAGAUGAUUGUGGAAAGCUAUGGUGUACAGAUUUAAAGGACACAUAUAAGAAAUGUAGGACGUUGCACAUGCCAUGGGCAGACGGAACUGACUGUGGAUCUAACAGGUGGUGCUGGCAUGGUGAAUGCAGAUUCAAAAAGAACUAUAAACCUAUAGAUGGGGGUUGGGGAAAGUGGGAGGAGUAUGGUGAUUGUUCAAGGUUGUGUGGAGGAGGCAUUAAAACCUCUAUCAGAAAAUGUAGCAGUCCAAGACCAUCCAAUGGAGGAAAGUAUUGUAUAGGUCGUAGAACCAGAUACAGAUCAUGCAAUCUUAAGGAAUGUCCACCUGGUUCUCAAGAUUUCCGUCAGAUGCAGUGUGCAGCUUUUAAUAAUUCUGCCAAAAUUCAGGGCUUGCCAUCAACUGUUCAUUGGAUACCAAAAUAUUCUGGAAUAAGAUUGAAAGACUCUUGUAAACUGUACUGCCAAGCCUCACAUACCAGUGCCUACUAUCAACUGAAGGACAAAGUUAUUGAUGGAACCAAAUGCAGACCUGAUUCUUAUGAUAUCUGUGUCAAUGGAAAAUGUAUGAAAGCUGGCUGUGACAAUCGACUUGGAUCUGACAUGAAAGUGGACAGAUGUGGAAUCUGUGGUGGGGACAAUUCUACUUGUCAUACAAAGAAAAUUUCUAAUACGUUUAAUAAUGUUGUUUACGGUUAUAAUAUCGUUCACAAGUUUCCAGUAGGGGCAAGAGACAUUAAAGUCAAACAGAAAGGUUAUAUGAAUCUUAAAGAGGAUGAAACCUAUUUAGCUUUGCAGAAUUCAACUGGUGCUUUUAUACUGAAUGGGAAAAAAGUGAUAGAUAGUGCAGUGACCAAAAUAAAGGCAGCAGGAACCAUUAUAGAGUAUAGUGGAUCUGAUACUGUGAUAGAGAUGAUCAAUGCUUCUGGACCAAUCAAAGAUACUCUUACAUUACUGGUUCUGUCAGUAGGAAAAGUCAAUCCACCCAAUGUAGACUACUCAUAUGCAUUUUCUGUUGAUACCAAAUAUGUAUACAGAUACCAAGAAAUGUGGAGCCCUUGUAGUUAUCUCUGUAAUGGAAAGCGAACACGUUCAGCAGUAUGUGUGAGUGAUGAUGAUAACAGAAUGGUUGUUUCUGACAGUAAAUGUGACAGAUUAAGAAUACCUAAACCACCAGGUCAACAAAGAAGAUGUAGUUAUGAUUGUUCAUUAAGGUGGAGAACAGAGCAAGAGGAAUGUUCAGUCAGAUGUGGUGAAGGUGUUGCAAAACAGAAUGUUUAUUGUGUGAAAUCUACAUACUAUACACAAACACAUGUAGACCUUACACAUUGUGACCAUCAAGGUCCACGCCCGGGAGACAUGGUUACCUGUAUGGGCAGAUGUGAUCCAACUCAUUGGGAAUACUCUGGUUGGUCAAAGUGUACCCAGACUUGUGAUGGAGGUAUUCAGACACGGACAGCAUGGUGUACCAAUGUGAGUCGACGUAAACUACCAGAUAAAGAUUGUGAAGCUUCAGAAAAAAUUCUUACAAAGAUUUGUAAUGAUGAACCAUGUGCAGUGUGGAGAACAUUUUCCUGGUCAGGGUGUUCAGCAACUUGUGGGUCUGGAACAAGACAUAGAGAUGUCCAUUGUUACCAGAGGGAGAAGAAGAUUGAAGAUGGAUUUUGUAACCAUAGACGCAUGCCAUCUACAAGUGAAUCCUGUAACCUGAAUGCCUGUCCAGUUUGGAAGACUGGACCGUGGAGACCAUGUUCAGUUACAUGUGGAUUAGGGAUUGCAAAACAAGAUAUAUAUUGCCGAUCUGUCAGAGAUGAAAUCCUGAAGGACGAUAUUUGUGAUCCCUCCAGUAAACCAUAUGGUGUAAAGGCAUGUGACACAGGGGCAUGUCCAACUACCACUUCCACAACAACAACUACCACAACCUUACCGACUACUACAACAACCAGGACCACUACGACAACAACAACACCAACUACUACCAUGACAACAAGUACUACAUCAACCCCAGCUCCUAUGUUAGUAGCCUCAGUAUCAGUCGAAUGGAAACAUACUGAUUGGUCAGAAUGUUCAUCUACAUGUGGCAAAGGUACUAGAAGUAGACUGGUUUACUGUGAGAACAGCCAGGGCCAGUCAAGGUUGAAGUCUUCCUGUAGCCACUUGAUAGAGCCACCUACUACAGAGAUAUGUAUAGACAAACCAUGUGGUGUAUGGAGAUCUGGAGAUUGGGGCGAGUGUACACAAACUUGUGGAGAAGGUGAAGAAGUGCGUUUGGUUGCCUGCUUUCUUCCUGGACGUCAGCUUGGUCAAGACAAUGACUGUGAACCAGAAACAAAACCUGACUCUGUACGGAAGUGCCAUCGAGCCGACUGUCCUGGUACCAGAUACAUCAGUGGAGGUGGAGCUCAUUGGAGAACAGGCCCAUGGUCAGGGUGCUCAGCGUCCUGUGAGAGUGGGAUGCAGAGACGACAGGUUGUUUGCCAGGACGAGUUUGGCCUCAGUGACCGCUGUGAUCAGACAACCAGACCAACUGAAUUACAAGCUUGCAACACUGGAGCAUGUCCUGCAUGGAAUACUGGAGUUUGGUCUGAGUGUUCCGUAUCAUGUGGACAGGAUGGCAUUCAGACUCGUCGUGUUUUGUGUCAGCUCCCCAAUGGUCAUGUUCUGUCAGAUGGUCAAUGCAACAUGACAGUCAGACCUACAUACAAGCAGCUAUGCAACAAAGGUCCAUGUAGCACCAAACGUAGAUGGCGCAUCAGUCAGUGGUCAUCGUGUUCAGUAAGUUGUGGAAGAGGCCAUCAACAAAGGGAGAUAACUUGUAUAGACGAAGAAGGCAAUCAUCAUCCAGACACAGAAUGUCAUGGCACAAAACCUAGAGAAUCACAAUACUGUCACAUGGGUAGAUGUCCAAGAUGGUAUGGAGAUAAAUGGAGCAAGUGUUCAGUAACUUGUGGAGAAGGCAUUAGAGUUAGAAACAUCACUUGUAAAGUUAAAAGGUAUCAGACAGUCGAUCCAAAAUUAUGUGAAGGAAAAAGGAAACCAAGAAUUCUUAGAACAUGUCAGAGGAAAACCUGUUCCAACUAUUACUGGAAAACUGAUAAAUGGUCACAGUGUUCUCAAACAUGUGGUUUUGGUAUGAAAACACGGAGAGUGAAAUGUGUAAGACGUGAUGGUUAUCAUGUUCCUGACAGUCGCUGUGACAGACGUACAAAACCUAAAGUCAAGAGACGUUGUAGCGAAUUUCCAUGUCCUUAUUUCUGGAACACUUCACCUUGGACUUCAUGUGACAAAACCUGUGAUGAAGGUGCACAACAAAGACAGGUUGUUUGUCAGGCUGUGACUAAAGAAGGCUGGAUUUUACCUGGAGAAGUACCAUAUGGCUGUAGAAAGGAGGAAGAGCCACAGCGAGUUCAAAAAUGUAACUUAGGCAAUUGUGAUGGUUAUCGAUGGGUUGUAGGAGCAUGGGGAAAGUGUUCCUCACGUUGUGGAUGGGGGAAAGAAAUGAGAUUAGUUAUAUGUGUUGACAAACAAGGAAGAAGGAGAUCAAGAAAACGAUGUCGUAGAGAUCUAAAGCCUGAGUCAAGACAAAAUUGUUAUAGUGGUCCAUGUUAUGCUAAGUCCUGUUUAGAGUUGAAAGAUAAAACAUCAAUAAGACAUGAUGAUAUGUACAGUAUAUUGGUGAAAGGAAGAAUAUUGCAGGUUUUCUGUAAAAAUAUGAAAAGCAAUAAACCUGAAGAGUAUAUAACAUUACCUGCUGGAGCUAGUGAUAACUAUGCUGAAAUUUAUGAUAUGAGGUUGAAAAGGUCAAGGACAUGUCCAAAUAAUGGAUCAAGAAUAGAAAAUGAUAGUUCCAAAUUCCGGAUUUCACCUUACCGAUUAGCAGGAUUUACAUCAUAUAGUAAACUUCGCCUAGAUCUCAAGACAAUGAUAGUCAACACCACAGAUACAUCAUUUGCCACAUCCCAUAGUGGAAAAUACAUUCCUUUUGCAUCUGCUGGUGACUGUUAUAGUUCCAAGAAUCAUUGCCCACAGGGUAGAUUCAGUAUCAACUUAUCUGGUACUGGUUUGCUGGUGUCUAAAAAUACCACAUGGAAGUCAUAUGGAAAACAUACCUCAAAAUCUAUACAAAUACUCAAUGAUAGAGAAGUUGUACAAGGGGUUUGUGGUGGACAUUGUGGAACAUGCUCACCAGAUGUAAGCUUUGGUCUUCAAUUGGAUGUACGACAUUGAUGAUGGAGGAAUUUAGAAGAUGAUACACAUUCAGCAAUACUCAUGGAAGAAUUCUCACUCCACGACGUGUAUAUAUCUCAUUUCUCAUGUAUAUAUUUCCAUUCUAAUAUUUAUAUAACAGUAUCACUGCUAUAAAGAUUUUCCGUCCAAAGGAAGAAAUCUCAGAAAACCAAUAUGAUACUCAGUAUAAAAAUACUAAGUAAUCAAUAAGAUGGUUUGCUGGCAGUGCAAAUAGUCCUAAAAGGUUAUUGGAUUUUGUGGAGUUUAUUUCACCGUCAUUGAAUAUAUCUUGAUGAUAUAUCUAUAGAAAGAAAACAAAAUGACAAGAAAGUUUCAGUAAAAACUAUUCUAAUUUAUAGAGCAGUAAAGGACUAAAAAAUUGAAAAAGUGCAAUUUUUUUUUAACAUUGCUGUCUUUCAAGGGAUGAUUUGUGUGAGGAACAAAGACAGUAUUUACAGGAGCAGUGUAGUGAUGAAAUCCACAGAUAUUAAAAUGGUGCUAUAUAACAAACAUUGAUAUUAUUUAAAUUUUGUAAUUAAAAUGUCUUUUAUAUUUAUUAUAAAUUUGUUUUGAGUCUGUAUUUUAUUUUGUAUAUUUUUAUGGCCCAUUUUUGUAACUUUUUCAUUUUUCAUCAUGUUUGUAUUUCACCAAUAAAACAUGCAAUUCUUCAAAAAGUUUUAAAGAACCAAAUAUUGGAAGACGUCAGUUUUUUUUAAAUAUAAUUGUUAGUGUUUUGGUUUAGACCCUUCAUCUAAAAUUUGUUUUAGCUAUAAGGUUUAUGUAUACAUUUAAAUUUCAAAUGAAAUAGAAAAUCUUUAGAUCUUUUUGAUUGUUAGGAACACAGCAUUCUUUUAUUUUAUAUUUCAUAUUAAAAGAAACAGAUAAAAGAUUUGAACAUAUUUUUUUUUACAUGUGGUGCAAUAUAUAUAAGAAACAAAAUUGAAGAACACAUAUAAAUAACUAAGUCAAAAGUAACCGGUAACUGCACCAAAUACUCAUAAUUUUGUUGUUGGACUAUUUUUUGUUUUACCCAGUUUUGUUAUUGGUUAGUGUUCAUUCCAUUCAUUUAGAAGACAAGCUAUGUAUUUAUAGAAAGUUGUAUAUAUAUUUUUUUGUUGAUACUUUAGAAAUGUUAUGUUUUAGAAUAUUUUUUAACUCCAUUGAAGAACUAAUGAAAAGAGUUGAAUUAAGGUUUGAUCUGAGAAAAAGUCUGUAAAUAAGGUAUAUUAUUGCCAGUUAUUUUAACAGUUAAUGUUAGAAGUCAGUUUUGAAAAUGGAAAUUGCUUUUUCAGUAUAACUUGACAAUCAAAACAUCAGUGUAUUUGAUUACAAGCUUUAAUGUAGAAAUCAUUGAUCUUAUAUUUCUCUUGUAUAUCAGACUUCCAAGUUUGACAUUUGAUUAUAAAUUUUACUUGAUUUAAUUACCAAAUUUAUUCAUCAGAGUUAAAAAGGAAAUUUAUAGGGACCGCUACAAAGAGGUUCGGUUAUUUAUUCCAGCAAAAUGUAGUAAAUUUAAUUUCAGGCUUCUAAAGAAAUAUCUUUUAACUUUGUUAACCACAUAUCAUGAAUUGUAUAUUCUAGACAUAUGAAUCAGUUACUACUGUAUACCAGAGAGUUUGCUUCAAGGUGAUUGCUCAUCUGUUCACCAUGAAACAUCUUCCAAUAGCUGUCAAGAAGAUUGACAGUAGAACCAGUGCAGUUCAUAUGAUAUAUUAGUUAUUACUUAUUAUAUUUCAUGGGAUUAUUUUCUAAUUUCCAUCCACCACAUAUCUUACCUUUCCAAAUGGUCGUCUUUAAUUGUCCUCUUCAUAAGCUUUCAAUUUCUUAUUCAAAAAUUGAAGCAGGUGCUUCUGAUAACUGUAUUUUGAACUACUAAGAAUUAAUUGACCCAUGCAAGAAAGUUGCAGAGGUUAUAAUGUUAUUGUCCUGUUAGUCUAUAAUUACUUUUUUAUUGCCUUGAUAUCUUCUUAAUACAUUUUGGAUCCUCUUCAAAUUUGAAUAAAGUAUACCAGGAUGAACAUCACCUGGAUAGCCGAAUCUUUUUUUUAGUAGGUUAACUCUCUUUCAUUGAUGUGGGGGGAUGGGGUUGAUAUGAACUUGCUCGCUAAGGUUCUAUUUUAUUUCUCUCUUGCAUUGAUGUUGGGGGAUGGGGUUGAUAUGAGCUUGCUCUCUAAGGUUCUAUUUUAUUUCUCUCUUACAUUGAUGUUGGGGGAUGGGGUUGAUAUGAGCUUGCUCUCUAAGGUUCUAUUUUAUUUCUCUCUUUCAUUGAUGUGGGGGGAUGGGGUUGAUAUGAGCUUGCUCACUAAGGUUCUAUUUUAUUUCUCUCUUUCAUUGAUGUGUAGGAUGGGGUUGAUAUGAGCUUGCUCUCUAAGGUUCUAUUUUAUUUCUCUCUUUCAUUGAUGUGUAGGAUGGGGUUGAUAUGAGCUUGCUCUCUAAGGUUCUAUUUUAUUUCUCUCUUGCAUUGAUGUUUGGGGAUGGGGUUGAUAUGAGCUUGCUCUCUAAGGUUCUAUUUUAUUUCUCUCUUUCAUUGAUGUGGGAGGAUGGGGUUGAUAUGAGCUUGCUCACUAAGGUUCUAUUUUAUUUCUCUCUUUCAUUGAUGUUGUGGAUGGGGUUGAUAUGAGCUUGCUCACUAAGGUUCUAUUUUAUUUAAAUUAUUGUAGUUAUUUCUUUUAAAAAGUUGUGUGAUAUACUUAAUUAUUUAUUGUUUUGUAAAUAUGAUGUAAAUAGUUUUAGUAAAUUAUGUAAAUAUGUAUAAAUUUUUAUAGGUUUAAGCAUAAUAUUCUAAAAUUUUCUGCAAAUGUCGGGCAAUUGCUUGCUAUUGUCAAUUUUCUACAAGUAAAGUUAUUGCUAUCUGUAUUUUAUUGUUCAGCUCUGUUGAGCUUAGAGCCAUUUCAGAAAAUCCAUUCUAAUAUUCAUCAUCAUAUAUCUUAUGAAAUAAAACUCACAUAUGGUUUUAUUCUAAUUAAGUCACUAUGACUAUAUUAUAAUAUUAUUACCCAUACAAAUAUUGCUUUAUCUUUCUUAAAUAUGUUUUGAAGUGUUAAGUUAUAUUGAAAAAAAAGAAUAUUUGUUUCUUUAGAUGUACAUAAAGAACAUUAUAUUAAAGGUGAUAUUUUUGUGGUAUAUUCUGUUCAUGUGUCUGUAAAUUAAGUCCCUUUAUUUAUACUUAGUACAUGUAGCUAUAACACUGCCAAUGAAUGUAUUUAGCAUUAUAUUAAAAUAUACUUCAUAUGGAAAAAGUACCAAAAACAGACUUCCCAAAAGACUUCAGUUAAAAGUAUUUGCACUGACUGGUUAAUUUAAUAUCCAAUAGUUUAAACAUAAACAAUAUCAAAAUACAGAUUAAAAAUAUUUUAGAAAUGAUUCUAAAACCUGAUUUUUUAAUGACUCAGUUUUGAAUUAAAGUUAUAUUAGAGGUUAAAAUUAAUUUAUAGUUGUACCAUAUAGUCUGUAUGAUUGGUAAAUGUAAAAUACACACAAAUGAUCUGGUAAAUAUCACACACGAAUGAUCUGUUGAAUGUCAGGAUUUACAAACAUCAUUAUUUGAAUAUUUAACUGCACUUUGUUUUACAUAGGCAGCAAAUUUAGAUUUUUGUAACAUUUUAAUUAUUUUCCAUCCAUGUUUACGAUAAUAGUGAAUGGAUGGAUGGAUAUACACGGGAUGGAAUAAUUGAAUAAAGAAGAAUGAAAAUUAUUAGUGACCAAAAUGAUAUUAAAAUUUUCUCUAUCACUUUUAUGAAAAUGUGAUAUUUGCAUUUCCAAAGUGAGAAAGUUGAAGCAUUUAUAUUGUUUAUUUUAAAGUUGGCCAGUAUUGUAAGCAUGAAUCAAAAUGGAGACAAAUUAAUGAAUCUCGUAUUUGUUUACCUCAAUGUUGUAUACAAAUUGUUUUACAUAAAAUUAUGUAUUUCUCUAAGUUGCAGUUUUCCCAUAAUUUAGGAGCACAUAUGUAUGCAAUGUUUUUGUAAAAGUUAUAUUUGAAUGUGACAUGAAUUUGAAUACAGUAAUUCUAACUAAAUAUGAUGCUGCCCAUUCAAUUAUAUACCGUUAUUUUUGUUUUGGGCAUUACAUCUUAACAUGGAAUGCUAUUGUUGGAGAUAUAAAAUAAAGUUUACAUUGAAUUAGAUUUUAAGUGUCCCUAGGGUUGAAUAAAUUGUAAACUUCAAAUUUAAAAAAAAAGUCAGGUCUUGGAGGAAAUACAUUGACCAUUUUGAAUAACUGUAGUUAAUAAAAGCCAUUCAGUAUCAUCUACCUCGUCAGAUAGAAUAAAUACUCCUUAAAACAGUAAUUAUUUUGCUGAGAUAAUAAUAGCAAAAAUGAAUGCCAUUAAAGUGUUUACUAUACAAUAUUCAGUUUUUAGAUGAUGUCAUGUGUUUAAUUUGUAGCAGCCUUGUGUUUUUAUGUAUUUAUAAUUUUUUAUAAUACCAGAUAUAAUGAAUGCAAGAAUGUAUUAUGAUUGAGUUAUAUAAGAGUUUACAAAUUUUCCAUAGGUUGAACAGUCUUAAAGGAUGAAAAAAUAAACCUACUGUUUGUAGGAGCUGAUACUGUAAAAUGGUUUAUUUUUGACAAGUUUUAAUUUGACAACUUCUAGAUCCUAACCUGUGGGUAAGGUUUGUUCUGCAAUUCUGAUCUUCUGUUAAGACCAAAUUUAUGCAAGGGGAUAUUUUCAUGAUUUCAUCUUAAAAACAAAAUUAGCAAAAAUAAACUUCUCAUGAAAAUUUCCAACUUUACAGUAACAGUUCAGGAGGAGCUUGUUUAAAUGUUCAGUCAAAACAAUGUUCCACAAAAUUACAAACAUUUAUAGCUAAAAAUACACAAAUUUUCUCUUCACAAAUAAUGGUAUGAAUGACAUGUGUGAGAACAUUGAUCUCAAGUUUAUGAAUGAUUGAAAGUAAUUAUUUCUAGUCAUGUGUGAAGAUAAGUGUGUAUAACAUGUACAGUGAUUAUUAUUCUAAAUUUGAUUUUUAUUAGAUAUUUAAUAAAGCAUUUUAUUGAA